AUGAUUCUGGGGGAGGUGGAGUCUUCUGGUGCCAUGGGAGGCUCUGCUGUCUACCUGCUGGCUGUGUUUGCAGUCAGCUUGUCAGCCAUGUCUCACAGCCAGAUGCGAUACACUCUGAUCACCCCUAACGUCCUGCGGGUGGAGAGCGAAGAGAAGGUUGUGGUGGAAGCCCAUGGCCUCACCACGCCAACCGAGGUGACAAUCACCGUCCAAGACUUCCCUCGGAAGAGGCUCGUUUUAUAUCAAGUCAUAACCAACCUGAACUCUGACAAUGGGAUGAUGGGCACUGCCAUAAUAAAGGUUCCUACCAAAGACAUAAAGAAAGAUGGCAAACAGUAUGUGGCAGUCCAAGCCAAAAGCCCACAAUUCAACUUGGAGAAAGUGGUUCUGGUCACCUUCCACAGUGGCUACAUCUUCAUCCAGACGGAUAAAACCAUCUACACACCUGGAUCUACGGUCUAUUGUCGAAUCUUCUCUGUGGGCCAUCAGCUGGAACCAGUGACGAAACCAGUUAUUGUUGAAUUUCAUACACCUGAGGACUUUAUUGUGAAGAGGGAAUCUGUGUCAUCACCCACCAAAGUCGGGAUCUUCUCUAUGAAUCAUCAUUUACCUGAAAUUGUCAAUUUGGGAACCUGGACUAUUGUGGCUAGGUAUGAAGACUCCCCACAGCAGAGCUUCACUGCGCAGUUUGACAUCAAAGAGUAUGUGUUACCAAGUUUUGAAGUCACGUUGGAGCCAUCUGAGAAGUUUUUUUACAUAGAUGGCAAUGAGGACCUCAGAAUUCAUAUCAACGCGAGGUUCCUCUAUGGGAAAGACUUACAGGGUACUGCCUUUGUCCUCUUUGGGGUGAAGAUAGGCGAUGAGAAGAAAAGCAUCCCCCAGUCACUCAAGAGAAUUGAGAUAAUUGAUGGGAAUGGGGAAGCAGAGCUAACCAGAGCAAUGCUGCAGGCCCGUUUCGUCAACCUGAGGGAGCUCAUCGGCCACUCAAUCUAUGUUACUGUGACGGUUUUGACGCAGUCUGGCAGCGACAUGGUGGAAGCAGAGAGAACUGGAAUUAACAUUGUGACAUCUCCCUAUGAAAUCCACUUCACAAAAACAGCCAAGUACUUCAAGCCAGGGAUGCCAUUUGAACUCAUGGUCUACGUUACAAACCCUGAUGGCUCGCCAGCGGCCCGCGUUCCCGUUAAGGUGGAUGGUUCCCAAGAUUCUAGGCUGACUCAGGGAGAUGGGACGGCGAAGCUGGUUAUCAACACGCCUGGGGGGCAAUCACAGUUAGCCAUCACUGUAAAAACUGACCAUAGGGACCUCCCAGAAAACCGCCAGGCCAAUAAGUCCAUGGUGGCUGAAGCCUAUCAGACCCAAGGAGGAUCUAAAAAUUAUCUCCAUCUGGCAGUCUCCUCCACUGAAAUCAAACCUGGAGACAACUUGCUUGUGAACUUCCAUCUGAAAACUAGUAGCCAAAGUAUUGUGAACACGAACAUGUACUUCACCUACCUGAUCUUGAAUAAAGGGAAGAUCAUUCGUGCUGGAAGACAGGCCAAGCAAGUGGGACAAAGUCUGGUGACCAUGUCUCUGCCCAUCACUCCAGACCUCAUCCCUUCAUUCCGCAUUGUGGCUUACUACCAAGUAGGAAGUUCAGAGAUUGUAGCAGACUCAGUCUGGGUGGACGUCCAGGACACCUGCAUGGGAACGCUGGUGGUGAAAGGAGCCACUGAGGCGGACAACAGAAUCCACAAGCCAGGGUCCUCAAUGAAAAUCAAAGUGGAAGGAGAUGCUGGAGCGCUUGUCGGGCUGGUGGCCGUGGACAAGGGGGUCUACGUUCUGAACAAGAAACACAAGAUUUCGCAAACAAAGAUCUGGGACUCUGUGGAGAAAAGUGACAUUGGGUGCACACCUGGCAGUGGCAAGGACAAUACGGGUGUGUUUGCAGAUGCUGGACUGAGCCUGGAGACCAGCAUUAAGAUUUCAACACCUCAGAGAUCAGAGCCAGGGUGUCCGCAGCCAGCAAAACGCCGGCGUCGCUCCGUUCAGCUCAUUGAGUAUAAGGCAAACAAAACGGCAGAGUACCAGGACCAGGCAGUGAAGAAAUGCUGCGAAGAUGGGAUGUACGAGAACCCCAUGGGGCACAGUUGCGAGAAGCGGGCUGGGUACAUCCUGGAUACGGCCGAGUGCAAGAAGGCCUUCCUCGACUGCUGCAACUAUAUCAAAACUAUACGGGACGAGCGGCAGCGGGAGCUCCACCUGGAACUGUCACGAAGUCACAUUGAUGAAGGGUUCUUACAAGAUGAAGAUAUUACCUCGAGGAGCCACUUUCCAGAGAGUUGGUUAUGGCAAGUGGAACAGCUGCCCCAGCUGCCAAACAGAGAUGGAAUUUCUUCCAAGACCUUGAAUUUUUACCUGAAGGAUUCCAUCACUACCUGGGAGGUGCUGGCCGUGAGCCUCUCCGAGACCAAAGGGAUCUGUGUGGCUGACCCCUAUGAGAUAACAGUGAUGAAAGACUUUUUCAUUGACCUCCGGCUGCCUUACUCUGUAGUGAGGAAUGAGCAGGUGGAGAUCCGGGCUAUUCUCUACAACUAUCAGGAUGACAAAAUCAAGGUCCGAAUGGAGCUGUUACACAAUCCAGCUUUGUGCAGCGCGUCCUCUUCCAAAAGGAAAUACCGGCAGAUCCUGGAAAUUGCGCCCAUGUCUUCCCAGGCGGUGCCACUCAUCAUCGUCCCACUGGAGCUAGGGCUGCACGACGUUGAGGUGAAAGCAGCUGUGUGGGACUCAUACGUGUCCGACGGUGUGAAGAAGAAGCUGAAGGUCGUGCCUGAAGGGAUGAGAGUAACCCGGUCUAUGUCCACGGAGCUGAAUCCAGCUGCAGAAGGUGGGGAACAGGUAACGAAGGUGAAAGCUCCAGAUAUAAAUGAUAUCAUUCCAAAUACUGAACCAGAAACCAAAGUCUCCAUCACUGGAAACCCUGUGGCAUUGGUUGUAGAAAACUCUAUUGACGGGGCCAAGUUGAGGCAUCUUAUCGUGGUGCCCUCUGGCUGUGGGGAACAGAACAUGAUCCGUUUGACCCCAACGGUCAUUUCCACCUACUUCUUGGACAGCACCGACCAGUGGGAGAAGAUGGGGGUGGAUCGCCGGGCUGAAGCCAUCAACCUGAUCAGAAGUGGUUACACACAGCAACUGGCAUAUAAGAAACCCGACCACUCCUAUGCAGCCUAUUUAAGUUCACCUUCAAGCACAUGGCUGACGGCGUAUGUAGCGAAGGUCUUUGCCCUGGCUAGCAAGCUAGUGGCCAUACAAUCUGAAGUUAUCUGCGGGGCUGUGAAAUGGCUGAUCCUAGAAAAGCAGAAACCCGAUGGCAUCUUUCAGGAAAAUGCUCCUGUGAUGUCUAAAAGUAUGAUGGGAGGGUACCAGGGUGCUGAGCCUGAGGCCUCACUAACGGCUUUCGUUCUUGUUGCAUUGCUGGAGUCCAAAGACAUUUGUAACAAUCGGGUCCCUAGCCUGCAGAAUGGCAUUAACAAAGCUGGGGAAUACUUAGCCAGAGUGUAUCCAUCUCUCAGAAGACCUUACACAGUGGCUCUCACGUCCUAUGCCUUAGCCCUGAUGGGGGAACUGGACAGCGAGAAAGUGCUAAUGAACGCUUCAACAGGUAGAUUAUUGGCGGAGGGAAAUCGCUGGGAAGACACGAACGCCCCCACCUUCAGCAUUGAGGCCACCUCAUACGCUUUACUGGCCUUGCUGCGCGCGAAGAAGUACGAAUUACUCAGUCCCAUAGUCAGAUGGCUGACAGAGCAGAAAUUCUAUGAAGGGGGGUAUGGAUCUACCCAAGCUAUCAUCAUGGUGUUCCAGGCUCUUGCGCAGUACCAGAUAGACAUCCCCCUACACAAGGAGCUGAAUUUGGAUGUUUCUGUUCUUCUGCCUGGCCGUACUAAACCCCUCACUUACAGGAUUGAGUAUGAGAAUGCUAUGGUGCUCAGAACGGCGGAGACUAGGCUGAAUAAAGACUUUGUUGUGAGAGCAAGAGGCACUGGACAAGGAACCUUGACCGUGGUAACGGUUUACAAUGCAAAGAUACCAGAGGAUACAUCUCAGUGUAAGAACUUUGACUUGAAGGUGUCUGUCAGGGAAGCCCAGAAUGGUAAGAAGCCGGAAGGAGCCAUGCGUUCAGUCUUCAUCAGAAUCUGCACCAGGUACCUCGGUGAAGUUGAUGCCACAAUGUCAAUCCUCGAUGUCUCCAUGCUCACGGGCUUCUCGCCAGAUGUGGAGGAUCUGACCAGACUUUCCAGAGGGGUUGACAGAUACAUUUCCAAGUAUGAAAUUGACCGCUCUCCUUCAGACAGAAGCACCCUCAUCAUCUACUUGGACAAGGUUUCACAUAUGGAGGAGGAAUGCCUGCAGUUUAAAGCUCACCAAUUUUUUGAAGUUGGUCUCAUUCAGCCGGGGUCUGUCAAAGUCUAUGAGUAUUACUCUUUAGCUGACCAAUGCACUACGUUCUACCACCUGCCUAAAGAGAGCGGCUUUCUCAGUAAGAUCUGUCAUGGGGACAUUUGUCGGUGUGCAGAGGAAAACUGCUUCCUGCAGCACAAGAUGACGGGUCCCAUCAACCUGAACAGACGAAUUGAGUUGGCAUGUGAACCUGGAGUCGAUUAUGUGUACAAAGCCAGGCUUGUUGGAACUGAAGAAUCAAACAAUCAUGAUACCUACAAGAUGAGCAUUUUGCGAGUCAUUAAAGCAGGGACUGAUGAAAAUCCACUAGAACAAACCCGCCCGUUCAUCAGCCACGUGAAGUGCAGGGAGUCUCUGAGAUUGGAGCUUAACAAGGACUACUUGAUCUGGGGACUCAGCAGUGACUUGUGGGACUUGAAAACUGAGAGCACCUACAUCAUUAGCAAGGACACCUGGAUUGAGAAGUGGCCAAAUGAGGGAGACUGUCAAGAGAAGGAAUUCCAGAGGCUGUGCGAGGAAUUCGAAGAGUUCUCCCAAGCCAUGACCAUGGUCGGCUGCCCGACUUAAACGCAGAACCAGCACUCGCGCCAAGAGUCCAGAUGGGAGGGUCUGAGCUCAGCUGUAGCAUCGCACAAAGCUGAGACACCUUCAUUCCGACAUUCUUAUGGUGUAAUAUCCCCUCGCCUGCAUGUGCUUCCUCUUCUGCCCCCUUACCAAUCAUUUCCAUAGA